GGCUGGUCACGCAGGCAUUCGGUCUGGCUAACGCCAUCGUUUCUAUCAUACAAUCCACCAUGGGCAUGGGCAAACACAUCUGGGAGUUAGACUAUGAUACCUUCAAAGACACCAUGAAGCUCAUGAUGCUUGGCGGGGCCUUGACCUACAACCUCACCACCAUGUUCAUCAAGUUAUCCAUCUUAUCUUUCUACCUCCGCUUCUCGGUCGAAACACCUUUCCGCAUAGCCGUCUAUGUCGUCAUGUUCAUUUCCUUCGGGUACAGCAUACCCAACGCCUUCCUCUUCCUCUACGUCUGCCGGCCGAUCAGAUCCUACUGGGACUGGACGAUCCCGGGCACCUGCAUCAACCAGCAAGCCAUUUUUGAUGCCAGCAACAUCCUAAACAUGGUUACCGACUAUCUGAUUUUACUGCUGCCUUUUUGGAUGCUCAGACCGCUGCGAAUACCACUGUCCAAGAAGCUGGGUAUCGGCUUCGUUCUUGCGGCAGGAGGAUUCGUCUGCGGCGUCAGUACGAUGCGGAUGGUCACCGGCAUGACGGGCGCCAACAACCCUGACAUCACCUGGCACUACCCGGUGAAUCUGAUAUGGUGCCUCGUCGAAGAAUACAUCGGCAUCAUCUGCGCGUGCCUACCCUGCCUUAAGGCCUUCACCAAACACUUCUGCCCCUCCCUGUUCCUGUUCUCCCCGGACUUCGACAACCGCAUUGCCGCCUCCUUCCCUUUUGCCUCGCGCUCCCGCCUCGACGGCUCGAAAACUGCCGGUGGCGGUAAUGAGAAGAGGAAUGGUGCCGAUAAUGCAACUGCUGCUGACGGUGACGCCAAGGAUGAUGGCGGGAGGAGCGCUUGGUGGCGGUUGGUAGACGCCGCCUUGGGUAGUGGCAGUUCACGGAGUGGGACGAAGACGGGUUCGAGGGUAACGGGGACCAGGGACAGCAAGCUGAGGAGUGGGGAGAGGCCGUCUUCUUCCCUCGAUGUUGAUGUCGAAGCUGGGAAGUGGCCAAAUAGCGAGAAAGCUCCCGGCGUUGUGACAGCUACCGAGGGGGCAAGUUGAAUAAACUAAG